CAACGUCGCGAACGGCGUCGGCAGCCAAAAUGUCGGCAGUUUCUCAACUUUAAGCGUACCCUCUGUCAACAUUUGUAAAACUGCAUCGAAGACAACAUCGAAUCAGCCAAUAAUUAAAUCAUUAAUGAUGUAUGAUCGAUAUUAGAUCCUCUUGAUACAGUGCAAAAUCGGAAUCGUCAGAAUUUCGAAGGAUAUGUGACAAGGCGGAUAUGAUUUUACAAAGAAUUUAAAAUGUCUAGUGACAGUAAUCAAACUCCUCAAUCUGGCAAGCGGAAAAAACUUGUCAAACUUGAUAGUGAAGAUAGUGAUGAAUCUAUAGUGCAAUCUCGUAGAAGAAAAAAGACUUCUAAAUUCAUUAGUGAAGGUGAAACUAGUGAUGAAGAUAGUGAUGAUCAAGUAAGACCUAUUCGAACACAAAACCAUAGAGUCGUUUCAGAGAAUGAGUCCAAUUAUGAGAGCAGCAGUUCGAACACUAGUAAAUACAAGGAAUUUGGAGACAGUAGUGAAAUUUCAGAAUGGCAAUCAGACUGGAGCAGCUCAUCAGAAUUAGAAAAAAAGUCUCCUGUCAGGCGAAAAGUUCUUGGAAAACCAAAAGCUAAAAAACCUGCAAAAAUUGUAUCAGAUACAGAUACUGAUAAUAAUGAUGAUCAAGUAGAAAAGUGUCCAAUUUGUCUACUUCCUUUUAAAAGACAGGAAUUAGGCAGUCCUUCUUCCUGUGAACAUUGUUUUUGUUUAGAAUGCUUAAUUGAGUGGAGUAAAAAUAUAAAUACUUGUCCAGUGGAUCGACAAACUUUCACGAUAAUUAAUGUUCGAGAUAAGCUAGGUGGUCAAAUUAUAAGAUGCAUCCCGGUAGAAGUUGCUUCCAGCGAAGAAGAGAAAUUGGAUGAUCUUACAUUUUGUGAAGUAUGCCAUCAAAGUAAUAGAGAAGAUCGUAUGCUUCUUUGCGAUGGUUGUGAUCGUGGUUACCAUUUAGAAUGCUUGACGCCUCCAUUAGAUGAAGUACCUAUAGAGGAAUGGUUUUGUCCAGAAUGUUCCCAGAAUAAUCAAACCAAUGCAGAAACUGUGAAAAUUGAUGUGGAGGAAAUCAUAGAUCUAGUGGAUGAAGCUCGCAGACUUGGUGUUACUUAUGGAAGAAUUCGUACCAAUGUACCACAAGAUUAUUAUCCAAGGAUUAUACCUCGCACUAGACAUACAGAACGUGUUAGAGCUACUAUUCGAAGAAGAAAUAGACUGGAUGAUAAUACGCUAUUAACUCGUCAAUUGACAUUUGAUCCAAAUCAACCUUCUACUUCAUCUGGUUUGGAAUCCUAUGGAGAUAAAAGUCAAAGUCGAUCUUCAAGUAAUGCCUCCAGCUCUUUAGGUUCUAGAGAUCGUAACUGUUCGAAUAAACAUUCUGGAAAAUCACGAAAAUAUAGAAGUAGUUCCAGCGACUCCAGUGAUGAAAGUAUUUCCAGGAAAUCUCGAAGAAGAAUCAAUGACAAAAAUAAUUCCGAAAAUUCGGGUAAUAAAACUAGAAGAAAAGAUAGUAAUAAUCAACGAUCUGGAGGUAGUUCGCGAAAAAGUGGAACGAGAAAUAAUUCAAGAAAGUCUGGAAGAUCUAAAAAUGUUUCUAGAGGAACUCUUUUAAAAGAAGUUAGAAUUACAGAACGUAAUGAAAAUGGGGAAGAGGAAGAGAUUGUAACAUAUGUCAAAGUGGCUGCAGUUGGAUCAAAAAGAAGAAAAACAAAAAGAAGAAAGAGAAAAAAUCAUAGACGUCGCGCUAGAACUGUAGCCACUACUUUAACUACUAGCAAGAGAAGACUUGCAAAUUCUCUGGGUAUUUGUAAGCCAUUUAUUCCCAUUUUAAUACCUACUGUUAAAAAUCGAUCAAUUAUACCAGAAAGAUCCACAUUAAACAUUUCCCGACAUAAUUCUGGAAUCUCAAGAAUUAGUCUUUUCGGAGAUCGUCUUAAUUUGGAUUAUAGUCCUCCGGGAUCGGAUAUGGAAGAUUAUCAUGCGACUAUUGGUCCCACUAUAACUGUUCAAAGACAUUCUGUAAUUUCCUCUCGAAGGCACUUGCGUCUAAAAAACAUUGUUAUUCCACAACAACCUCAACAUGAUCUUCUAAGUAGUAUAAUGAACGACCAAGAGAUUUGGCAUUCAAAAAAUAAUAAUGUGACUUUGAAAGCUAAUGGACUUCUCUUAAUAGAGAAAAAGAAGGAGCUGAGUGACUUGAAGAAAGAAAAAUUAGAAGAAAAAGGGUUAUCUAAAACCGCAGAGACAGAAUCUGUUGUAGAAGAUACAGUUUCUGGAGUUGAUGCUCCACUAGAUAUUUCUAGAUCUGAUGUUCCGUUAGAUGUGUCUACAAUCAAUCCAGAAUCGAUUAUGCAGGCUCCAAUGUAUAAUAAUCCUUGUGGAGGAGGAAAUAGAGGCAAUUUUAGGGGUGGUUACAGGGAUAAUACAAGGCAUAGUCAUGGUGGGCAAAACUAUGGAAGAGAUUCUUUAAGUGGGAGUGGAAGACAUAGUUAUGGAGGAAGUGGAGGUAAUUUUGGAAGAGAUUUCGGACCACCUGCGUUUUAUAAUCCAAAUUUUGAACAUUGCGGACCUCCAAUGUUCGGAGGUAAUCCUCCAUUUAGAAAUCGAAAUCCUCAACACUUUAGAAAUGAAAGAUUCCGCUUCAUGCCUUCAGGUAGACCACAAUUUAAUUUUGCUGAAGGAUUUUCUGAGCAUCAUUCUUUUCCUGAGAGGUUCAAUCGCCCUCGGUCACCACAAGCUCCUGUUGAACGUCCUCAAAAUAAUAUGCCACCAAAUUUACCAGAAGACACUCCGAGAACCGAUACUAUAGACCAACAACCACAAGAUAUUGAAAAUGUCUCUGUUAGACAAGAGGAAGAUUGCGAUAUUUAUUGCGAUAUUGAAACAAAAUCUGAUGGAGAACUUCAAGAUCAACAAAAUGGUUCAAUGGCUCUGUUACCUCCACCAGAACCUCCAUCAGGACUUUUAGACUUUGAAGAAAAUUCUAAGAGCGAUAAAGAUAGUGAUCAAGAACUAGUUAUUGAUGAUAGCCAAAAAGAAGAUACUCCAAAGAAUGAUAAGUAUGACCCCUUCUCUGUAGAUAGUGAUAGCGAUAGUGAAACAAAGAAAAACGAAGAAAUUACGGAAGAGAAGAAAGAAGAACACAGUGUGAAAAAUAUGGCACAGACAGACAACUCAGAUACAUCUAUUCGUUUAUCAGCUUAUGAUGACGAGGACGAAGAAGAUUCUCAAGCCGAUUGUCCAAACUUCUCCAUUUAUUCCUCUCAAACGAUCGAUGUAGCACGGCAUACUGAACAACAAUUAUCUCAACAAAUAGGGCCACUAGAACCACCUCCUCUCCCUCCUUCGAUUCCCGAUGAUGAUGAUGUCAUUGUUGGCGAUGUUCAAGCUUGUGAUCUAGCUGAUAUUCCAGAACCAUCAGACCCAUAUGUUGAAGCAUUGAGAAAAGAAAGGCAAACUUUAAGUAAAAUUCCACCAAAAAAGAUUUCUCACGAUAGCCGGGGAAAGAUUACGUUCAAGAUUGGUAGUAAAUUGAAGAUUAAUAAUAGAUUGUUAGGACUGCAAGAGGAAGAAAAGGAAACUAACAAUGAAAAGAAAAAAGAAGCUGAGCCUGCAAAAGAAGAAGAGACUUCUGUUGACCGCGAAGAAGAACGGAAAAGAAUUGCUAAAAACAAAUAUGAAGAGGAAGUUCAAUUGAAAGAAGAUAAACAGGAAGAUUCAGAAGAACUUUUGACACCUGCGAAUCCUGUGGAUUUGAAAGAAAAGGACGCAGAUGAAGACGAAAAGGAGAAAGAAUUAAUAGAAUCACCUAAAGAUGACGCAAUAGAGAAAGAUUCAAAUGUAGCUAUUUCACCAAAUGUAACCGAGUUGUCUCCAAAAAAAGUAGAGAAUGAAAUAAACAACGAGUGUCUGUCGGAAGAAGAAAGUGAAACGUUCACUUCGCUUCAUAAGACAUUAAAAACCGAUGUUGAAGAUGAAGAUUUAAAAGAAGAUUCAAGAAUUGGAGAAGAACACGAUGCAGUAAAAGUUAAGGACCCUGAAGACUAUAGAAGUGAAAAGGAUGAUAAAAAACAAAGACAUAUUGAUAAAGAAGAAGAAGAUGAUGACGAUGAUGAUGAUGAUGAGGAGGAUGACGAUGAUGAUGACGACGAAGAAGAGGAGGAGGAGGAAGAAGAGGAAGAAAGAUUCCCCAUAGAAAAAGAGAAAACGAGCAAAAAGGAUAUAAUUGAUGAAGAUGUUGAUAAGAACACAUGGGAAUCAGAUGGAGCUUAUACUCCUUGCAAAGAUGAACUUCCCUUGAAGGAAUCAAAAUCUUCUUCUGAACAGUUACCACCUAUUGAAAGUGGAUUAGAACCAAUCACACCAACAAAAGAUAAACCUGACGAUUUAGAUAGCUGUAGGACUCCAGUAGAUUACAAUGUCUUAGGUACAGAAGCUAUAUCGGAGACGGACGAAGCUAUGAAUUUCGAAGAUGAGUUAACCUUGUUGAGUUUACGAAAGGAGAAAGAAAUGGAAGAUGGUGAAAUUAUCGAAGAAAAGACCAUGAAAGAAGGCGAUAAGGCUGAAAAAGAAAAGGAAGAUGAAAAGAAGCAAAAGAAAAAAGAAAAGAAAGAGAAGAGCAAAGAAACAGAAAAAAAUAAAGAAAAUAUUGCUUCAGAAAAUCAAGUAGCAUGGAAGAAACUUUCAAAAAGUACGAAAGAGAGGUCCUAUAGAGACAAAGAAAAAAGAUCAAAAUCGAAGGAAAGAGAAAAGCUAAAGAAAAAGAAAGAAGUGGUGAAGAAAAAAGAAAAAAGGAAGGAAUUACCCAGAUACGAUGUUAGGAAAAUAGUUGCAGAAAGACCUUCAAGACCUAGGAAAGAUGAGUAUGGAAGAGAUAUUAGAGAAAAAUCGAGACAAAGAAGUAGGUCUAGGAGUUGUAGUUCAUCCAAACGUUCUAGGUCAUAUUCCAAGCUCCGCUCCAGAAGCAGAUCCAGAACUAGAUUACAAAGGUCGUGGUCCAGAGAUCGUAGAUCUUAUUCCAAAUCUCUUUCCAGACGAAGAUCUCUUUCGCGUGGAAGACGUAAAUCGCCGAAGAGAAGAUCAACUUCUAGAAGAAGAUCUUCUUCAAGAAAACGAUCUCUUUCUAGAAGGAGAUCGAGAUCUGUUUCUCGGAAACGGCGAUCGAGAUCUGUUUCUCGAAAACGGAGAUCCUUAUCAAGAAGAAGAUCUAGAAGAUCGGUUUCUAGAUCAAGAAGGUCUUUGUCAAGAUCUAGACAAAGAAGAUCUAUAUCAAGAUCCAGAAGAUCUUUAUCUAGAUCUCGCGAUAGGCGUAAAGACAAGAAAAAGUACAAAUCUCGAAGUCGAUCAAGAAACAGAAAGAAGUCUCGUUCAAAGUCACCUAGAAAGUCGUCGAAAUCUAGAGAAAGGAAACAUUCAAAGAGAAAAGCACAAAGUAGAUCAAGAUCAAAAGGAAGAUCUUGUUCUAGGAAUUGGGAACAAGUUGACAAAAUUGUGGAACAAGAGUUUUCUAGGGAAAGAGAAGAAAGAGAGUCUUGGAGUGCACAAUGGACACCAUCUUGGUCGAGAUCUAGAUCAAAAACACCACAGCAUGUACAACAAGAACCAAUUACUUCUAGAGAAUGGUCCCCAAUGUUAGAUAAUGUGUCAGUUCCGCCAAAAAAUCUAACUGUAAUUUUAACAAACAAGGAAGCUAUUAAGAAGAAAAAGAAAGAACGUAAAAAGGAAAGCAAAAAGGCUAAAGACGAAAAGAAAAGAAAGGGGAAAAGGAACAGGACUCCUCCACCGUCAAAAGAGGUUUUCGCCAGUGGAGAUAAUAUUUUGGUUAGUGUGUGUUUUAAUAAGGAUAACGAAAACGAUCAAGCAGUAGUCCCCGAACUUCCAGAAACAAUUCCUCUAAUUCCUCCCCUAAAACGACGCCGUAGGGAAUCACUUCAAACUGAUCCGCCGAAACGAUCGAAAAAAGAAAAGUCGAAGGAUAAGCGUUCUAAAUCUCCAAAGCCUAAGAAGGAUAAAAAGAAAAAAUCAAAAGCAGCUGAAAUAGCCGCUACAAAGAAGCCAGUUGCAGUAAUUGAUCUGGAUCAGUCUCCAUUCCGGGAGCAGACUCCAUCUCCUAGAGACGUGAUAGUUCUUAGUGACGAUGACGAUAAGCAAAUUCAACAAAUUAUGCCGGAUCAAUGUCAACCAUCUCAAAAUUCUCCACCACGAGAACAAUUUAUUUCUCAGGGUCCAAAAACACCUCCAGAGCCGCAAAUCAAAUUCUCAAUAAAUAAGCAGAGCAGUAACUUGCGACCGUCAAUGUUGAAUCCGCUUUUAGAUGAGGAAGAAGAGGAGGAAAUGGAUGAAAGGGUCGAAGAAGAAUUAGAAAUGAGAGCGCAGGAGGAGCUAGAAUUGAGAUUAAAAAUUGGACCAAAUACUCCUCCAGAACCUCCAACAUCACCACCAACUAGUCCAGAUGCAUAUGAUCCAUUUGAUCCAACGAAAUCAAGAUCGCCAACACCCGAUGUUAGUCAAGAGGCGAAUUCCGGCGAUGAAAGAAGAAGGUCACCGAGGAAACACGAUUCUGCGGAUAGUAAUAUCCUUGAAGAGGAAAAUCUGCAAAAUCAGGAGAGGCAGAGUCAAGAAAAGCAACUGGAGAAACCUAAGAUCAUUUCUAUGGUUACGAUCAAGAGAGCUUCUCCGCAAAGGGAUGACGUUAACGAUAAUGAAAACAAUAAGGACACUGCAGUCUCAACCGGGAAUUUAGAGGUACAGCAGAGCCAACAAAAUGUGCAAAACCAGAGUAAUCCUUUCGCGGUGAUGAAUCCUGUACUAGCUACAGUAGCUGCAGCAGUACAGAGAAGUGGAGUAUUUAAUGCGUCAAAUUCGAAUAGUAAUCAACGUAACUUGUUACAGUCGAAUCGAAUUUCACCGAGUAAUCAGCAAAAACAACGACCUGGCGAUCGUUCGCAGGCACCUUCGGUUUUUACGAAUUCAGGCAAAUCCUCAAGAAGCUCAAAAUCCGGACAAACAAAAACCAACGGACAAAAUGGAAACGAUGCCGGCACGGAAACAGCGGACAAUGUGGAUAUGUCUUCCCCUUAUUCGCCUGGGUCGACACUUAGCGAUGGAAUCUUCGAUCCACCGAGUCCUACGAAUUAUAACAAUUCACCUGCUGCUGGAGCAGGAAGUGGAGCAGGACCCGUUGGAUCUCAACCUACGAAAACUAGCAAUUCAAAAACGGCAAAAUCCACCGAAAAAAAGGAUGCCUUUGAUGCCCUUUUUGGUGCUUUACCGGCCACAAAAACAACCAGUAAAUCAAGUAGAAGCAAAAAACCUCAAAAAGAUAAGAAGAAGUCCACAAAUCCGAAAGUUGGUGUUAGAAUGGACGAAAACCAGCUCCAAAUAUUGGAUGAUCUUCCAAGUUCUGCAGUUGAAAUGCAAGUCAAGGAUAAGUUCCUAAAAAAAUUAAAUCGUCAAGAACGAGUAGUUGAAGAAGUGAAAUUAGUUUUGAAACCACAUUACACAAAAAAGCACGUAACAAAAGAAGAGUACAAGGAUAUUAUGCGGAAAGCAGUACCUAAGAUAUGUCAUAAUAAAACAGGAGAAAUCAAUCCAAAAAAGAUAGCCCACUUAAUAGAAGCCUACGUCAGAAAAUGCAGAAGUAGCAAAAAAAAAAAUACUGAGAGUUCCUCCGUGAAGGCCUCUAAACCAGCAAAAAUUUUGUGGAGUUGAUCACGAGUCGGCUAGGUGUCCGUUCAAUUCCCUUCGGUUUUAUAGUUCAGAUGAUCGUCGUGCUCGAUGAGCGGUGAGUGAGCUUUUCAAAGAGCUAAUCUGCUCUUCGAUGAUGCGAUGUAUGUUGUAUUGUCUGUAAAUACGUAAUUAAUUCAUUGAUUGAUCGAUUGGUUGAUUGAUUGAUUGAUUGAUUGCUUGAUUGAUUGAUUGAUUGAUCAGUUAACUUCUAAGAAUACCAUUUAUUUAUAUAAACAAUACCCUUCGCUUCAUCAGGGAAUUCAAUUGUCUCUACGGAAGAUCCAUCCUUCACAUAAUAUUUAAUUCAACUUAUAUUUAAUUUUUAAAAAUACUAUGCCUUUCGAUAUCUACAAAAUUUAUUGGAAUUCACAUUUAUUUGAAUACUUAAUUGCGAAACUAAUUCGUUUUCUGUAUAUAUCUAAGCACUAAAAUUUAUAAAUUAAUCAACAAGUGUGAAUAAAAUGCAAAUAGAGUGAAUUUUUAUUCACGUCUUUCAUGAGUUAUAUAUGUUUUUAAUGAAUACAAUUGCAAUUGACAAUCUAAAUCAUCAAAUAUUUAUUUUCUUUUCUUUACGUCAUAUCAUAAAUUUUACACACUGUUAUUAUUUACGUAUGUUUUAAAAAAAUUACUAAUGAAACAUAUUAAGAAAGGACAUUACCCAAGUUUCUACUAAAGUUUGCAAUAUAUUGUUGAGAUCAAUAAAUAUUAGAACUUGUACAGUUAAAAUUUUAUGGAAAGAAGAAAAGUAUAAAAAAAUUUUAUAUGAAUAUUUAUGCUAUCGUGAAAAACGCUAAUGUAGUGAUAUUAUUCUCCAUAGUAUUAAAAUACUUAUUUACAUAGACAAAUAUUUAUUGGCACCACAAACAAUACUUUGAUAAUUAUUUAUUCAAAUAAUUAAAUAUUAGUCAUUAUCAGUUUAUUUAAUGGAAAUUGGACAUCAAUAUUUGCGAUACUUGCAUCGGUUAACAUAUAAAAUAUGUAUGUGACAAAUUGAUACUUUUGGCUUUUCCGCAGAGACUGUCAUUUUCAUAUUUCUUAAUAUACGUGUAAAAAUGCUUAAAUACCACGUUUCAAACGUACAUAUUGUAAUUUGACUCUUAAUACAGAGUUGGACAUUAUUCGAAUAAAUUAUUAUUAUCAUUACUAUCAUUAUUAUUAUUACCAUUGUGUUUAUUACUGCAUUGUUAUUAGUACUAUUCUAUAUAUGUAUUAUUAAUAUGUAGGUAAUUGAUUAAGGGAACUUUAAUUAGGAUUAUGGUCUAUUUAUUUUUAAGUCUAUUUGGAUGGAUGAAAUUUAUUCGAAUAAAUAUACAGUCUAUUUUGUUUGUGUUACAAAAAUAUUUCGAAUAAUUGUAUUAAAACUAACAGAAUUAAAUAAAUCAUCAUUAAAUUUCAUAUUAAACAACUGAUCACUUAAGAAGUUAUCUUAUAAAAUUUAUUAAUUAUACGAGUACAAAUAAUUUUGUAUUAUAAAUAACAAUGUUUUUUAUAGUGUGUCAUCUAAAAAAUGAUUAUUAUAAUAGAAAGUUAUUAAAUUUCUGUGACGACUGGAUGUUUUAAAAAAUGCUAUUCAAAUAAGGAUCGCAUUCAUUUGCAAAAAUAUAAUACAAUUAGUCAAAAAUAAAUAAUUAUUUGAGAAUAACAUCUUAUUUAAGUAUUUUGUUUAUUGAUUAUUAUUCGAAUAAAAAUUGUCCAACUCUAAUGUUGUAUAGCCAUAAAAUCUGUGCGAGAAUGAGCGAAAUAGGAUGAAUGGAAAUGAGCCUUAAGAAAUAGAAGAUCCUCUCCUGAAAUUGUGAAAUAAGGAUUUCAAGAGGUACUGCUCAACGUAUAUCAAAUCCGGUUGGCCGAUAUUUAGCCAAUCAUGUUUAAGCAUAUUUCUCUGAAAUACAUAAAAGCGAUCGGAUAAUGUUCGAUUCUUUUCAACGCUAAGUAAUAAAAAGUAAAUAAUGUGUAUUUAAAAAGAACUGUGUCUCUUGUGUUUCAUAUAAUAUACAUGAACGUUAUCCAGAUCUUAUUGUAUUUAUACUUUCUAAAUUCUAGAUAAGUUGAGCAAGGUAGUCCAAUGAAAAACAAAUUGAAAAAUAAUUCAUUUCCUAAAAUUUUAAUUAGAAUAUUCUUUUGAAAAGUGUGAUAAAACAUUAACAAUAAUACUAAAACUUCUAUACCCAAAGUCAGUCUGUCUGUGAUUAUCAUUUGGAGCAUUGCCUACUGCCAUCCGCCCAAUCAUGUUGAACAUUUAACUUACAAUCAAUAACAAAAUUACAACUGCUAAGUCAGUUGAACUUAUAGUAAAAAAAAAUGGCUUUCCAUUAAAUCGAUUUCCUAUCCUUAUUUCUGAAAACAUGUAUUGUUUCACAGAAAAUCUUAUUAUCCAAUUCUGAACCUUCUAAUUGUUUUAUACAUAAACAUUUAUUUAAAUUAAUUAUUUGACAAUAUCAUGUCUAGAUUAUUUAGUCUGCUGUUUAAAAAAUAGAUGAUGGAUAUUAUAUCCCUAUAUAAUAUAUUUAUAUUAGUAACAUUUAUAUAUAUAUAUAUAUAAUAUAUAUAUAUAUAUAUUAUAUCAUAUUAUAGACUUAGUUUCAUAUGCAUAUGUAACGGGGUCUAUUUGUAAUUGUAUCACAAGGUUAAAAUAAAUAGGAAGUGUACUUAGUUUGUCACAUCCGCCAAUUAAUCACUAAUGUAUAUAUAAAAAUUCUUCUCAUCUCUCUAUACCCACAUUCUGCAGUAGUGAAGUUGAAUUGUGUUCAAGAUGAAGUCAAAGUUUGAAAAACUGUGGCCUACAAACCACGGGAAAGCCACAGAAUAGUAAACUAAAGGUAUUGUUACCUCAAGUAUCUCAGAAAGUCAUAUAAUAUUUACACGAAAGCUCCAGAAAAUACUCACAGAUAAUAAUGAUAGGAUCAUAAACUUGUUGCAUUGUACAUAAUAAUAUUAAAAUGCCAAAAACAAAAGAAAUAAAGAUUAGUGUUUUCAAAAAUAUAUACUACAUGUUAAAGAAUCGAACAAAAGAUCCCUCAAUUAUUAAAUUUUUAUACUUUUUAUCCUUUCAAGUCAAGAAUUAGGUACGAUAUGGAAAAUUGAACUUGCUUAAUAAUUGACGAUAUCCAAAACUUGAAUGACUAUGGAUUCAAAUUUGUAGCAGGUGCAAACAGUAACGAGGAUGUCUGUGUAUGUGUGUGGAAUCUUUUGUACUAAAUAAUGAUGUAUAUAAAAUGAAGGGAGAAAUAAAGAAUUUAAUAUUAUCAAAAAUGAA